UCAGCGCCUGCGCAGUUCUUUCCGGCGGCUCCGUUGCGGCUAGCGCUGCUCAGCCAGGAGGCUCCUUCUUCGUGCACACCAGCAUGGCGACGGAUUCCUGGGCUCUGGCGGUGGACGAGCAGGAAGCGGCGGCGGAGUCGAUGAGCAACUUGCACCUGAAGGACGAGAAAUCCAAGCCAGACUCUAAUGGAGCAGUUCUCAAGACAGAUGACAAUACAGAGAAGAUUGAAGAGGAGGAAAAAGAGGACCGAGCCGCCCAGUCGUUGCUCAACAAGCUGAUCCGCAGCAACCUGGUGGACAACACAAACCAAGUGGAGGUUUUGCAGAGGGAUCCUACGUCGCCCCUCUACUCCGUGAAGUCUUUUGAGGAGCUGCGGCUGAAGCCACAGUUGCUGCAGGGUGUCUACGCCAUGGGUUUCAACAGACCAUCCAAAAUCCAAGAGAACGCCUUGCCCAUGAUGCUGGCAGAACCUCCACAGAACCUGAUUGCGCAGUCCCAGUCUGGUACCGGUAAGACGGCAGCUUUUGUCUUGGCGAUGCUUAGCAGAGUGGAGCCGGAGCACAGAUACCCCCAGUGUCUCUGCCUCUCUCCAACCUACGAGCUGGCUCUUCAGACAGGGAAGGUGAUCGAGCAGAUGGGCAGGUUUUAUCCGGAGCUGAAGCUGGCCUAUGCGGUUCGAGGCAACAAACUGGAGCGUGGCCAGAAGAUUGCUGAGCAGAUUGUCAUUGGCACACCUGGUACCGUCCUGGAUUGGUGCUCCAAGCUGAAAUUCAUUGACCCCAAGAAGAUCAAAGUCUUUGUCUUGGAUGAGGCCGAUGUCAUGAUAGCCACCCAAGGUCACCAGGAUCAGAGCAUCCGCAUCCAGAGGAUGCUUCCCAGAGACUGUCAGAUGCUGCUCUUCUCAGCCACGUUUGAAGACUCUGUGUGGAAGUUUGCCCAGAAAGUUGUCCCCGACCCCAACAUCAUCAAGCUGAAGCGGGAGGAGGAGACCCUGGACACUAUCAAGCAGUAUUACGUCCUGUGCAACAGCCGCGAGGAGAAAUUUCAUGCCCUCUGCAACAUCUAUGGCGCCAUCACAAUUGCGCAAGCCAUGAUCUUCUGCCACACUCGCAAAACAGCUGGCUGGCUAGCCGGGGAACUCUCCAAGGAGGGUCACCAGGUGGCUCUCUUGAGUGGCGAGAUGAUGGUGGAGCAGCGUGCCGCGGUGAUUGAUCGCUUCCGGGAGGGCAAGGAGAAAGUGUUGGUGACUACGAAUGUCUGUGCCCGAGGGAUCGACGUGGAGCAGGUCUCUGUCGUCAUCAACUUUGACCUUCCAGUGGAUAAAGACGGGAAUCCGGACAACGAGACAUAUCUUCACCGCAUUGGCCGCACAGGACGUUUUGGCAAGCGGGGCCUGGCCAUCAAUAUGGUGGACAGCAAGCACAGUUUGAACAUCCUCAACAGGAUCCAGGAACAUUUCAACAAGAAAAUUCACAAGCUGGAUACAGACGAUUUGGAUGAAAUUGAGAAAAUAGCAAAUUGAAGCCCGGCUGCCGGAAUUGGUGCACAAUCCCUCCCACAGUAGCACUCCUACUGCAAUUGGACCGCAUCCUGAUUGGCACAUGUCUUAGCCAGUCACACGCAAAGGGACUUUUUAAAGAUAACAAAUACACAGAAAUUACCUCAACUUAAAAAAAAAG